AUGACAUCCUCUAAUCCGAAAAUCCUGAAGGCUCUGAGGCCUCUUGCUCCCGCCCCCAGCAUCAGCCCGGUGGCGCAAGACAUCGACGUCAAGCCCAUCAAGAAACGAUCCAAUGCCUGUGAAGCUUGCAAAAGACGGAAAAGCAAAUGUCUUGGGGAGGUCCCCUGCGAUAAAUGCCUUCAAGCCGGCACCGAGUGUCGGUUCGUCGAAGAGUCCGAUAGACGGAAAAAGCUGGCCCUGCGCCGGUUCGAGCAGGAGCUGAGCUCCGCACAUUUGUUACUCGAUCGGAUUCAUGUGGCCUAUGAGCAUAAACACAAGGCAGAGCUCGGGCAGCUCUUUGAGCUGUUGCAAGAUAGGUCGACCCUGGUUCCGAAGGUUGAAGCUCAAACGCGGCAGAAAGUUCAGGAUCUUCAAGAACGAAUCACCUUCUAUGAAGGGCUGACGCAAGAGCUCUCCACAAGAUUCAGUUCGGAUGUCUCAGACUAUAUUGCGGAUUCCGUGAAGGCUCUUUCAUCAAGGUCCCAUGCCUCAGCAGAGCCCCAAAGAGCCCGUUCGGCUUCAUCCUCUUCAUCAAUGGGCUCGCUUGAUGAAGUCGACACGCUUGAUGUAGAUGUGAACAGAGACAGGCAGAGCAGGUCCACCGGGUUCAUAGGCAAAGGCUCGGAGAUCGCUUGGCUCCAGAGACUCGAUGCCGAAGUCAGCGGCCUAGGCGGGUCGGAUUCAGAGCAGCACGUCCAACCCGACAAGGGGAAUCUCGCCUCCCUGAAUUACCACCUCGACUAUCUGGCGAUAUCAGAACCGAGUCAAGGCGGUGACCCCUACGCAAUGCCGCCGAAGCCGUGGGUGGACCAGCUCCUCAACACCUACUUCUCGUUCACCCAUACAUCGUUCCCAAUUCUACUGAAGUCACUGUUCUACACACAGUACGAGAGUGCCUCGAGCAGUCGCUGGGCAUCACCUCGGCCAGGCUGGCUCGUCAUAUUGAACCUAGUCCUCGCCAUCGGAGCCACCCACCUUCAGCUGCGCCAAGAACACUGGAAGGGAGAACUCGAGGACCGCAACUUCCUUGCCAAAGCGAUUGCGCUCAAUGAGAAGCAGAGUUCGGUUCUGGACGAUGUGGAUCUGCAGCAGGUCCAGAUACGAGUGCUUUUUGCGCUGUAUUAUCUGGGUGCCGGUCAGAUCAGCCGAUCAUGGCAACUGGUGGGCUGCGCGGCCCGCUCAGCGAUAGCGUUAGGGCUCAAUCUCCGAGUGAUCGAUCGCGACCUGGAUUCCGGGUCGAAAGAAUUCCGGUCGCGGCUGUGGUGGUCGAUCGUCGAUCUGGAACAGUUACUUUGUACGGCCACCGGCCGCACAUCGUGCAUUGACUGGCAUUGCUGCAGCGUCACCGCCCCGAUCCCCUUCGACGAGGACCAUCUCCACGAGUCGGACGAAGCCGAUCGUCUGCUGCGGGCGAAGGCCCAGGAGCAGGAAAUCCCCUUCACGUUGCACGCCACUCCCCAGCAGCUGCAGGAACGGACCCGAUGGCUGAGGUCCGUGCGCUCCAACAGCUCGCUGUUUUUCUUCUACACCACCGACCUCGCCGUGAUCAGCCAUGCGGCGAUCAGCGCUGUGUACAGUCUCCAGUCCGUCUCCGGCACGCGCAGCGAAUCGCACAAGCAAAUCAAAGUGUAUCAGCACAAGCUGACCGAGUGGCUCUCAUGCAUUCACGAGCCCUGGAAGUUCAGUGACAGCCAGGGACACUUCACCGGACGCGCCACAUGUCGGGAGCAGGUCUCGUUGGCGUUCAGCUUCUACAGCACGCAGAUCGUGCUGAACCGGCCCUGCCUUACUCGGCCGGAGGCGAAGAACGCGACAGGCGCCCGACGCCCCCGCUCCUGGUUCGAUAACAACCGAUCGCUAGUCUGCUUGCAGUCCGCGAUGGAUCUAAUGUCAAUCCCCCCGGAUGUGCCAGAUAUGGAGUGGCUGUACACAAUGGCCCCGUGGUGGUCGAUCGUGCAUUACCUGAUGCAAGCCUCGGUUAUUGUGCUGCUGCAGCUGUGCGUAGGCCCCGUCGGGGUCACCGAGCGUGGGGAAACCACCGAAGGCGAAGGCCAGGGGGCUGAGGGCACAGCCGAGGAGCCGGAGACGAUCCUGCAGGUGUCGAAGAAAUGCCUGCGGUGGCUGUCGGCCAUGGGCCACCGGAGCUCCAGCGCCCGCAAUGCCUUUUUGACCUGCAACCGCCUAUUCCGGAAGAUCGCUGCCGUCCAGAAACUAGACCUGGGCAGCGACUUACCGACUUCGUCGGAUCUAGCCGACGGAACGGCCGCUGAUACCCUUCAGCACUAUUAUGUCAAAUCUCUGAAAAGUGGCUACGGGUACCUACCACAUCAGAAGCCUUUGAGCGGUCGACGGGUAGAUGAUAACGAUGACGAUGGUGAUCAGUUCUGGGGCGCGGAUUAUACAGCACCGGAGGGGGCGAUUGAUCAGCGGGACGUCGCGCCGUCGACAUUGGACCCUGCGUUGCUGGAGGUAUACGAAGCACUGAUUCGCGAGUCUCCCACAGGUGAUGACUUGUUCUUUAGAGACGGUCCUUGA